UCCAUGAUUCUAUGAUUCUAUAAAACAGAAAAGUUCCUGUCCAUGGAAUUUGGCAUGGCCCAGUGUGCACCAAGAAGCAAAGAACCACGCGCGGGGUUCCUCCAACCAGACCAAAGGAGGCAGCAGGAUGGAAGGAUGCUGGGGAAGGGCCGUGGGUGAAAUGAAUCUGUCCCAUGUGGAUGCAAAUGAGUUCUGUUUUAGAGAGAUGCAUGAGAUGGAGUCAUUCCUGAAGGAGACCUCCAAAGUAGAGUGUAGGGCUGGGACUGUCUGAGCUGUUCUUUUCUUUUUGCCAGGCAUCCCUCAGUCAUCUCACUGUUCGGCAGAAAGAGCUGAGUGCUUCUUGCCAGCCUUGCAGACAACUUCCAGUCUGAAUCCACCUCGCUGUGACCUCAUUGUGGACCAGUACCAACCCGCUGCAAAGGGGGGCAUGCAGCCUCUGGUUCUGCUCAGACCAUCACAUGGAACAGGGCUGAAGGAGGAGGAGCAAAAGAGGAAUCAGGUGAAGCUAAUGACACUGGCAGGACUGCUUUUCCUGUUUUUUGACAGCCGCCCCUGCUAGUAGGAAACACUUUGAAUCAAUGGACAACUAUGGACAAUAAUCAUGGAGAACUAUGGUGGACUGCUAUGGAGAACUGCUACGGACAGCUAUGGAGAACUGCUAUGGACAACACAGACAACAACUGUGGAGAACUACUAUGGGCAACACAGACAACAACUGUGAAGAACUACGGUGGGCAGCAACUAUGGUCGAAAGCAAGGGACAACAGCCAUGAAACUCUUUGUGAGUACUGACAAGAAAGGGGAAUCUUGCAUUCAAAGCAUGAGGCCUACAUCUGGGGUAAGCAUUGAGCUCUUGUUUCCCAGAAAGCCUCUGAUCCUUCAGUUUGGGGCUGAUGAUGCCUAGAGCUGUUCACGAUGGAUUCCCAGGAGUGCAGGCACCAAAGCACCAUCAAGAGUCUGAAAACAAGGCCAAGGCAGAGACUGCGAGCUCUUUGACGUCACAGUCUAUCUCAUUGGAUCUCCUCCACAAGUUCAGUCCCUAACCACCAGCAGUGAUAUCAGAAACCUAUGGCCAUGGAGGGGCCACGCAGGCAGCUCCACCUGCACUCGGGGCUGUGGCUGCGAGAGCACGGGUGUGAGAUGAAGCUGGUCCACUUGAAGACAGAGGGGGAAUGGGCCUCUUUUCCCCUUGGACAGCAUCCAAAUUUGCUAUCUUUCCUUCUGCAGCUCAGCUCCCUCCCCAGUCCCAACCAAUGGCAAUGUCAACUGAGAUUAGGGCAAGCUGUUACUAGUGUAUAAAAAUCCGUGGGCAGACUUUGGCCUCACUUCCUACUCAUUGUUCAGGGAAGCCCAAAGCAAAACCUUCAGCUGCCGCCAUGGUGCACUGGUCUGCUGAGGAGAAGCAGCUCAUCACCGGCCUCUGGGGCAAGGUCAAUGUGGCCGACUGCGGGGCUGAAGCCCUGGCCAGGCUGCUGAUUGUCUACCCCUGGACCCAGAGGUUCUUUGCAUCCUUUGGGAACCUCUCCAGCCCCACCGCCAUCCUUGGCAACCCCAUGGUCCGCGCCCACGGCAAAAAAGUGCUCACCUCCUUUGGGGAGGCUGUGAAGAACCUGGACAACAUCAAGAAGAGCUUUGCCCAGCUGAGCAAACUUCACUGCGAGAAGCUGCAUGUGGACCCCGAGAACUUCAGGCUCCUCGGGGACAUCCUCAUCAUCGUCCUGGCCUCCCACUUCGGCAAGGACUUCACUCCUGCCAGCCAGGCUGCCUGGCAGAAGAUGGUGCGUGUGGUGGCCCAUGCGCUGGCCCACGAGUACCACUGAGCCCCACAGCCACCUGGAGAUGCUCCCGGCGUCCUCGGGGUCUGCUGGGCUGUAACUGCCAAAUAAACACCACUGCUGCAGUCAG